AUGACGGGUGUCAUCAGGACAGUGGCUCAGUUGGACAGAGAAACCACCGGAACGUACCUCCUAAAUGUCGCAGCUACCAACGAAAGAUCAAGCUUAGACCAAACCCAAGUACAAAUAAUAUUAGAAGAUGUAAACGAUAAUGCUCCCGAGUUCGGAACGUCAUCAGUACGAGUUUCCGUAGCAGAAUCAGCAAGCAUAGGCUCUGUGGUGUACGCAGCGAAGGCUACUGAUGCAGAUGAAGGAAGAAAUGGACAAGUCACUUAUCACUUGGUAUCGGCAACGGGACCAUCGAACACUUUUGCUGUAAAUAGUCAACACGGCUUGGUCACUAUAUUGAGGUCUUUGGAUUAUGAAAACCUCGUGCGCCAUACCCUAGUGAUAUCAGCAAAAGAUGGUGGCUCACCAUCUCUCAGUGGAAAUUUGACACUGGUGGUGGAUGUUCAAGAUGUCAACGACAAUCCUCCAUUGUUCGAACAUGACGCUUACAGCUCAAAUGUGCUUGAAUCCGAAGCUGUUAAUACGAAGAUAUUGGAAAUCCAGGCCGUUGAUAAAGAUACGGGAAACAAUGCCCGUAUAACCUACCGCAUAAUAUCUGAUAACAACGCAAGCUCUGAAUUUUUCAAAGUGCAGCCAUCCACCGGAUGGGUCUAUCUUGCUAAACCACUAGACAGAGAGACAACAGCGCACCACAGAAUGACUAUAACAGCCACCGAUAACGGUCUCCCGCCAUUGUCUGCUUCUGCGACACUUGUGAUUAACGUCCUCGAUGCAAAUGACAACGACCCAGAAUUCUCUAAGCCCGCAUAUGAAUUUCGUGUGGAAGAAAACGAAAAAGCUGGUGCAUUUGUUGGGAAAAUCGCGGCAACAGAUAUAGAUUUAGGCGAAAACUCAGUUGUUAGAUACAGUUUAUUUCCAACCAACACAAGUUUCAACAUCAAUUCCGUAACAGGAAUCAUAACCACAAAAGAGGUUUUGGACCGUGAAUUUAAAUCGUCAUAUGCCUUAUUUGCGGAAGCUAAAGAUCAAGGCAGUCUUCCGAAGUCUAGCCGAGUUCCGAUUACGAUACAAAUUACUGAUGUCAACGAUAACUCACCAGAAAUAAUAGAUCCUAGAGAAGAUGUUGUUAGUGUAAGAGAAGAACAACAGCCUGGUGCUGAAGUUGCGAGAGUAAAAGCUUUCGACCGAGACAACGGAAUAAAUGCAUCAGUAACAUAUUCCAUUUUAAAUGAAAGAGAUAUGGACGGUUAUGGGGUUUUUGUUAUUGAUUCAAUUACUGGCGUAAUAAAAACAAGCACUGUUCUUGACCACGAAGAGCGAUCGAUCUAUAGAUUGACAGUUGCAGCAACAGAUGGGGGAAAACCGCCAAGACAGACCGUUAGACAGUUGAAAGUAGAGGUUUUAGAUUUGAACGAUAAUAGACCAACGUUUACUAGUUCUAGUUUAUCUUUCAAGGUCAAAGAAGAUGCAAAAAUUGGUCAUGUAAUCGGUACAGUUACUUGUUGUGAUAGUGAUAUAGAAAACAACCUAGUGAAUGGGGAUGAAGAAAAACAGAUUUCAUAUUUACUUAUGGCAUUAACAACAGAUCACGUUCCUGGAACAUUCGAAAUAGACAGGCGUACAGGCUCUUUAGUUGUAGCAAGGCAAUUAGACAGAGAAAUUCAAGACGAAUAUCGGUUAGAAGUGAGGGCUUUAGAUACAUCAGCAACCAAUAAUCCGCAGAGUAGUGCCGUCACCGUUAAGAUUGAAAUUGUAGAUGUAAACGAUAACGCACCACAAUGGCCUGAAGAUCCUAUCAACAUAGAGAUAUCUGAAAUCACUCCCAUUGGGAAGACAAUCUACAACUUCACUGCUAAAGAUGCAGAUUUUGGCGCAAAUGGAGAAUUAAAUUAUUAUAUCGUAUCAUCCUUACCACCUACAAAAACUGCAUUUAAUCUUGAUCCGUUAACGGGUUCGUUGACUUUGACCUCUCCGCUCGAUUAUGAAACACUAAAAGAAUAUUGGCUUGUAAUUGAAGCUACUGAUCAAGCGGUAAAUAUUUCUGAGAGAAUGAUCACAUCAGCUACUGUUCACAUAUCUGUGACCGAUGAAAACGAUAAUGCACCUACCUUUGUAUCGGCGUCACGAGUCACUGUUUCUUUAAAUACCUUAUCAGGAACAUUGUAUCAAGCAUUGGCUGUAGAUGCAGAUUCUAGAGACAAUGGAAGAAUAUCCUACUAUAUAUCUGGUGGUGAUGAGCAUGCAUAUUUUUCUAUGGAAUACGAUAUUGGUAAAUUAACACUAUCGAAAAAAUAUUCAUCUGACAUUUCACGAGUGCGGCCAGGGCAGUAUAAAUUGAACCUUACUGCUUCAGACCAUGGAGUGCCUUUUCGACAAAGUCAUAUGACUUUACUAUUAACUUUACAAGAAUCAUCUAAUAUACCACCACGUUUUACCGAUUCUUUCUAUCGUGCUAACAUUAGUGAAGAUAUUCGCCCAGGCAGCUUUGUAACAAGGCUGACUGCUAAAUCUUCUAGAGGAAAUAUUGGUAACCUUACUUACUUGAUACCACCUGGAGUAGCUGAUGAUAAGUUUACUAUUGAUCCACGUUUGGGUACUAUUACUGUGAAAAUUAAAAUCGAUAGAGAAGAAAAAGACUAUUAUGUAUUUCCAGUGUAUGUGACUGAUUCAAGUACAUUUCAGUCUACAACAAAUUUCGAUGUCGCAACAGUUUCUAUCAGUAUUAUGGAUGUAAAUGAUAAUCCACCUAGUUUUAAAACUGGCUCGUGUUAUCCAUUAUCGGUACCCGAAAAUAACGAUGCUGAGGUUAUUCAUACAGUCGCUGCAAUGGAUAAAGAUAUUGGGGCAAAUGGAAUCAUCACGUACAGUAUCACCUCUGGAAAUAAUGGAAAUAAAUUCUUUAUCGAUUCCACUUCAGGAAAACUCACCGCUAAAUCUUUGGACCGUGAAACUCAGUCAAAAUAUCAUUUAACUAUAACAGCUUUUGACCAUGGCUCUCCUGUAGCUUUGCAAGGGUCUUGUAAUAUAACCAUAAUAGUUGAAGAUCAAAAUGACAAUGAUCCAGUGUUUGAUACUGGACAUUAUUCUGCUGCCAUACCCGAAGAUGCUCCUUUUGACACCUCUGUCAUAAAAGUAAGGGCCACAGAUGCUGAUUUGGGAUUCAAUAAGCGUAUUGUUUAUUCAUUGGCUAACGAAAGCCAGGGAUUGUUUCGAAUUGACAAUAAGACGGGUAUCGUUUUUACCACUGGGUAUUUUGACAGAGAAAAAACAUCCGUAUAUCACUUUGAAGCAGUUGCGACUGAUGAGGGCAGGUACAUUGCCCGAUCACAAAGAGUUUCAGUUGAAGUUACGAUCAAAGAUGUGAAUGACAAUAAACCAAUAUUUACCAAAUACCCAUUUAGGGAACAAAUCGCUACACUUACGCCACCAGGACAAAGUUUAUUGCGAGUUUCAGCCAAUGAUAAUGAUAUAGGAACAAAUGCAGAAAUUAUUUAUGAAUUAUUAGACACAUCAAAUCACAAAUUUCGCAUUAACCCAACCACAGGUGUUCUAACAGCGACACAAAGUUUGGCUAGCGAGAACGGUAAACUUAUUCAUUUGAAAGUUGUCGCUAAAGAUAAAGGAAAUCCUUUACAAAGUUCUAUUGGCCUUAUUGAAAUUCGUGUUGGUGAUUUUUCCGAUCAAACUCCAACACUUAAUUUUCAAAACACUACUUACAACGUUACAAUCGAAGAAAAUAUGCCCUAUGGAAGCAACGUAUUACAAGUCACAGCCGUCAGAAGUGAUGGGCGUCGCCAAAGAAUAAUUUAUGAAAUCGGCAACGGUAACGACCAAUACGCUUUUGAAAUAGACUCAAAUACAGGCGCUAUAAGAGUGAAUAAUUCGGAAAAUUUGGAUUAUGAAUCUUAUCCGGGACCGAGGAGGCAACUCGUUGUGGUUGCCCGAACUGACAGCCCGCCGGUCUUAUACGGUUAUUGCGAUGUAACAAUAAAUCUGUUGGACCAAAAUGACCAUGCUCCCAGAUUUACGCAACAGCAAUACAUUGCAAACGUUCUCGAGGGGAAUACUAAGGGCGAAUUUGUUGUGCAACUGGCUGCGAAGGACGGUGAUCGGGGAGUGAACGCGAGAAUUCUUUACCAUAUUGUAGACGGGAACCACGAUAACGCAUUUAUUAUAGAACCAGCAUUUUCUGGAUCGGUUAAGACGAACAUAGUGUUGGAUCGGGAGAUUCGGGAAACGUAUAAAUUGACAGUCAUAGCCACGGAUGAGGGAGACCCGCAAAUGACUGGCACUGCCACCCUCAGGAUCAAUGUAGUUGACGUAAAUGACAAUCAUCCGACAUUCCCGCCACCGAAUCUCAUCUCUGUAUCAGAAGGUGCAGAUGUUGGCACUGUACUCACAUCUGUAACAGCAAACGAUGUCGAUACAUAUCCUGCUUUAAAAUAUGCUUUGAUACAAGAUGACAACAGAUUUUCUAUAGACAGAUAUAGCGGAAAGGUUGUUCUUAACAAACCCUUGGAUUUCGAGUCGCAGAAAAUGUAUGAAAUUAACAUAACCGCCUCCGACAGCGAGCACGUUGCCAAAACAACUCUCACGAUCAAAGUAACAGAUGUGAAUGACAACGCUCCCGUGUUCGACGAUAUAUCCUACAACAGAAUACUCCCAGAAGGCAGUGGAACAUUGGAAAUAGGUUCUGUAAAGGCAAACGAUAAAGAUAGUGGUGAAAAUGGAAAGAUUUCUUAUUCACUGUUUCGAACGACAAAAGGAUUCUACAUUGAUGCCGAUUCCGGUGCAAUAUACGUGAACUAUAGUGCGUUACCACCUAAUCAACGCGAUACUCAACUGGCGAUAGUAGCAACAGAUCACGGGAAGCCAAACAAAAGUGCUGUAGCUGCAGUUAGAAUCAGUACCGGGGCUUCGUCAGAAAUAAAGCCAUUUAUAGGACAAGACGCUUAUAGAAUUACCGUCAAUGAAGAUACAGAAAAGGGAUCAACACUUCUGCAGAUAGGUGGCAUCAAUGAUGUUCUAAAGAAGUACAAUUUGGAUUUCCAUAUUAUCACGGGCAAUGAAGGAGAUACAUUUGAUAUCAACUCCGAAGGGGCUUUGAUUUUAAUUAACAAUCUGGAUAGAGAAGUUCAAGAUUCAUAUGUCCUCGGACUUGCAGCUGUUGAAGAAGGAAAACUAUUAGCACAUAAUCAAAACAAAACUUCAGUCACAGUAUUUGUGACAGUAGCGGAUGCUAAUGACAAUGCUCCAGUUUUUACUAAUAAUGAUUUUGAUCUAAUGGUAAGCGAAAAUGUAAAACUAGGCUAUACACUAACACAAAUAUCCGCAACUGAUGCGGAUUCAUAUGGAACUUUGAACGCAGCAAUCUCUUACAAUAUAACUUCUGGAGACGAUGAAAAAUUGUUUCAUAUUGAUUCAAUUACUGGUGUUUUGACUGUUAACAAGACUCUUGAUUACGAUGUCGGAAAUACUGAAUAUAAACUUAUUGUCGUGGCUUGUGACAAAGGAGAACCAUCUCUAUGUAAUGCAGUAUACGUAAAAGUCAAUAUAUUGGAUGAAAACGAUAAUACUCCUACGUUCCCUGUGAAUGAGUAUUUUGAAACAAUAGCUGAGAAUGAAAGAGUUGGGACGUCAAUAUUUACCGCUCGAGCCACUGAUCUAGACCGCGGUCGGUAUGGAAAACUGAAUUACACCAUAGUAUCUACAGCAAUCAACUAUAACAGAAAUGAUGAUUCAUGGAAAAUGUUUCAAAUAGAUUCUGAGACUGGUUUGGUUAAUACUAAUUCUGUAUUCGAUUAUGAACAAAAAAAUAAAUACGAAUUUUCAAUAAAAGCAUCUGACAUAGGCGGUAAAAGUUCUACUGUGAAAGUUCGAAUAGACAUAGAGAGUCGGGAUGAGUUUUAUCCACAAUUCACUCAGAAAACAUAUAAUUUUGGUAUACCCAAAUCAGGACCUUUACCUGCUGGCUAUAUUAUUGGACAAGCAACAGCAACAGAUAGAGAUAAAGGCAUUGAUGGUAGAAUAGUUUAUCAACUAUCAACAUCACACUCUUAUUUCAAAAUUAAUCGUACUACUGGAGUGAUUAUAUUAAAACGGAAAGUCGAAUCUAUUUCAAAUCUUUUUGGUUCAGAUAAAUCAAUCAGUCUGGUUGUGACAGCAAGUUCUGGUAGACAAGGGUCAUUGACAAAUAAAACAGCUGUAGAGAUACUAUUAGAUCAUGAAGCUAUAAUAUCAGAUAUACCAACAAACCAAUUAAAGGAUUCUUCUUCCGGUUCAAGCGGCGGACUUUCAGACUGGGCAUUAGGUCUUCUUAUAGCAUUUAUAUUUAUUAUCAUUAUUUUUGCUGCUGCCUUCCUUUUCCUACAUAUGAAAAAUAAGAGACACAAGAAAGUUAAUAAACCAGGACUAAAUUCAGAAGGAGUAGGUGCUACUAAUAGUUACGUUGACCCUAGUGCAUUUGAUACAAUACCCAUUAGAAAUACUGGUGCUGGAAAUCCUGGUCAGUUUGCUCCACCUAAGUACGAUGAGAUUCCACCAUAUGGCCCUCACACAGCCAGUUCUAAUUCAGGAGCUGCAACUACUUCAGAAUUAUCUGGAUCAGAUCAGUCAGGAUCUAGUGGCAGAGGUUCUGCUGAAGAUGGAGAAGAUGGUGAAGACGAGGAAAUAAGAAUGAUAAAUGAAGGUCCUUUGCAAAGAGAAUCGGGUAUCCACAGACAAUCUGAUGAUGAUAAUCUGUCUGAUGUAUCAGUCCAUAAUACUCAAGAAUAUCUAGCACGCCUAGGAAUAGUUGAUACGGGUACUGGAGGUGGCGCUUCAACUUCUUCAAGGAGAUGUUCUGAAAACGUAGUUAAUAAAGAUACCAUGCUUCAUCAUGGACCUAUAGAUUCCAUGCAUAUGUUUGAUGAAGAUGGUGGUAACGAAAAUGAUAUUACUAACUUAAUUUAUGCUAAACUCAAUGAAGUUACGGGAAGUGAGAGAGCUAGUAGUGCAGAUGAAGCAAGUGCAGCAGUAGAGAGAGCAAUGGCUUUAGGAGCUUUUCCGAGUGCUCCUGGUGAUGGAACUGCUGUACCUACUGCGGGACCUUCAAUGACAGGCAGUCUAAGUUCCAUAGUACAUUCAGAAGAAGAACUCACUGGUAGUUAUAAUUGGGACUAUUUAUUAGAUUGGGGUCCACAAUAUCAACCUUUAGCACAUGUUUUUUCAGAAAUUGCUCGUUUAAAAGACGAUGCAGUGUCACUGCAAAGUGGAAAUAGUGGUGCAUCUAGUGCGAAGAGUAAAGGGACUUCUAUAUCAGCUGGAAAAAGUGUUCCACCUCCGUUAUUAACCACUGUAGCACCUAGAAGUUGUCCUGCCCCUUCAUUAUCGUGUAGACAGCCUCAACAUUUAUUACCUAGGUCUCCAAUAAGUCAUGAUGUGCCUGGAGGUUUUUCUGCAGCUGCAGCUAUGUCACCUUCUUUCUCUCCAUCAUUGUCACCAUUGGCUACAAGGUCACCAUCAAUGUCACCAUUAGUCGGUCCUGCUCUACCACCAGCACCAGGCAAUAGAAAACCACCACAUUCUACAAUGCGAAUAUGA